ACCUGUACAUGUAUAUAUAUAUCGGCCUAUGGCCUCAUGGGAAUACAAGUUGCUUAUUCCUAACAAGAAGAACCAGCGGUACCUCAAAGAAAUCUGCAGCAAGAUGUUACUGCUCAAGUAUCUGAGCCUAAGGAGAACAGGUAUUACCCAGCUACCCAGUGAAAUCAACAACCUCCGUGAGCUAGAGGUACUGGAUAUCCGAGAAACUAAGGUGCCUCCACAUGCAACAACACGUAUCUUGCUGUUGAAGCUGAAGCGUCUGCUUGCUGGUCACAUUGAUCCAAGCAAUUUUGGAUCCACUCCCCGGAUUCCUCAUAGGAUCGACAAAAUGGGAAACAUGGAGGUACUAUCCAAUGUCAAGGCCAAGCAGAGUCAUGAUUUAAAAGAUAUUGGAAGGCUAUGGCAGCUGAGGAAGCUAGGUGUGGUUAUCGAUGAUAAGGAUAGUCACCUCAAGAAUUUGCUUCAGGCGAUCAGUGACCUACAUGAGUGUCUCCAUUCUCUGUCAAUCACUAUUGUUCCUGUAGCCACACCACAUGAGGCAAAGUUACCAGAAGUUAUUGUAUCUUACCUAAAAAAACAACCCAAGAUUCUUGAGUCUCUAAGCAUCAAGGGAACCAUACAAAAGGGGUGUCUUCUUCCAUUGUUCAUAAAAGGUUAUAACAACAAACUUGCCAAGAUAACUCUCCGUCACACUCCGCUGAGCCAAGAUGAUCUGGAAGUCCUCGCCAAGCUGCCAAAGUUACGGUGUGUCAGGCUCCAACACAUUGUAUGCAUCGAGCACACGCUGAACUUCAAGGAAGGUGAAUUCAGAUGCCUCAAGUACCUUCUUAUUGAGGACUCGGACUUGACUAAUAUCACUUUUGAGGAUGAGGCAGCCAGUGAGCUCGAGAAGAUGGUUUUGUCUAUCACCAGCAAAUGUUCUAUUUCUGGAGUUGACUAUCUUCUUAAAUUGAAAGAGCUUGAGUUGAACAGUAGCUUCUGCGGCAGUUUGCUUGACGAUGCCAAACAGAUAGCCAAGCUAACUCUUCGUGAUACACUGCUGGAGCAAGAUGCUCUACAAACACUCACCAAGAAACCAAAUAUACGCUCUCUGGUACUUCUGGACAAGUCUUUUGAUGAAAGUCAGAACGAGAUUACAUUGAAAAAAGAUGAGUUCUUAUGGCUCAACCUUUUUGUUGUUGACUGCUCGGCCAUCACCAAGAUUGUCUUCAACAGCGGGUCUGCUCCUAGGCUCCAGAAGAUUGUAUGGUCAUCUUUCACAUCUCUCUCCGGCAUCGACAAACUUCCUAGAUUGAAGGAGCUCGAGUUCAAGGGUGACCAAGUCCCUGAUGAGGUGAGGGAGGCCAUUCAAAAUCAUACAAACAAGCCUAGUCUUAAACAUAAUGGACCAGAAACUCAAGACUAAGCAAAAGGAGAUGAACCAGAGGACGACGACGACGCUGCAACAUCCUCUUUCUGCUGGAAGAAACAGGUUUGACGCCGGAAGGUCCCCUCCUUUUAUCCCAUGGUGUGGUUUGCGUGUGCUAGUGUGGAUUGCAAUAUGUUCUGCUUGUCUGUUAAUUUCCUUGUGUUUAUGUUCAGCGUGCAUUGCAACUGAAGUAUGUCCGUUUACUUGCUCUACGUGAGUGCCCUAGUGGCUCCGAUUGAGCAUAAACGGUUGUAUCUAUGCUUGUAUUUGAAUUCGUGUGGCUUUCCUCUGUAUCGAACAUCGUAUGCAUUCGUGUACGCUUUCAUGUAAUAAGUGCAAUGUUUGUGCACACAUUCGACUUCUUAUUAAUGUGCAGUGUGAUAUCAGUAUGCUUUGAUUGGGUUCUGUAACUCCAAGAUGAACUGGUGUGUGUCAUGAUAUAGUUACCUGUAAUGUAAGCAUCCGUUUGCUUCAACCCAGCUGAGCAGCUCUUGCACUAGUGCCUGACUAUGUACUUGAAGCAGAACGUUAUGCAGAUUAAGCGUGUGUGAUCCACAGUCUGUCUGCAUCUCCUGAUUGCCAGGCAAGCAUUAGCGAAGAAUCGGUAUUGUUUUCAGCUGGUAUUGGUAGCUCGCAUGGUUUCUCCCACUGUUUGCUGGUGAAGAAGCCAGUGUGCUGAGAAGCUCCUCUGCUCACGAAUAGACGUUCUAGAAUAGGAUGUGCCCAUCUACUGCAAUUCAUUCAGAAAAAGAACUUGUAUAACGAUCUGCAGCGGUGGAGAGGAGAAUGUACCAAUCCACUUGAAAUGUGCAGACACAUGCGGCAAUCACGGCGGCUCUUCA